CUACGGGUCCCCGUCAUACCUCAAAUCGGGUCAGAUAAAUCUUUGUUCAUCGUUAGGGUUCUAUUCUCCCGUUUUUUAGGGAGACGCAGGAAACAAGAAUUUUAUUUCCCCCCAUUCCAGUUCAAUUCAAUGAUAACACUCAAUUGUACCCCUCAUUGCUCUUCAUUUCAAACCCCUAGAAUCGUUUCUGUCCACCGCUCCAAAAAUCAAAAUUUCUUGCCAAAUAUUUCCAAUUCCUCGUCAAAAACCCUCCACUUCGACCAAACCCAGUUCAAAUCCUUCCCCAAGACCCCAAAUUUCGGAUAUCUUGAGAACCCGAAGUGUAAAGACCUCAAAUUUCUUGCCUUUUGCACCAAGAGUGUCCAGGAAUCUGAUAAGGAGACCAAGAAUGAGCUAGAUUCUGAGAGCGGCGGGGGCGGAGGUGGAGGGGGCGGCGGAGAUGAUUCCCCGGCUGAGAACGUCGAUAGGGUUUUGCCACCAUGGCUGGAUUUCACUUCCGGUGAUGCCAUAACUGUUAUCGCCACUUUGGCGAUUUCUUUGGCGUUCAGGUCCUUUGUGGCUGAGCCUAGAUAUAUACCUUCCUUGUCUAUGUAUCCCACAUUUGAUGUUGGCGACCGGAUUGUGGCUGAAAAGGUUUCUUAUUUGUUCAGAAAGCCAUGUCCUAAUGAUAUUGUGAUUUUCAAAAGCCCUCCAGUCCUUCAGGAAGUGGGGUACACGGAUGAUGAUGUCUUCAUUAAACGGAUCGUUGCAAAGGAAGGUGAUACCGUCGAGGUUCAUGAAGGGAAAUUGAUCGUGAAUGGAAUUGCUAGAAACGAAAAUUUUAUUCUUGAAAACCCCAACUAUGAAAUGACUCCGAUUCGUGUACCGGAAAAGUCAGUUUUUGUGAUGGGCGAUAAUCGGAAUAACAGCUAUGACUCACAUGUGUGGGGUCCACUGCCUUCGAAGAACAUAAUCGGGAGAUCUAUAUUCCGGUACUGGCCACCAAAAAGAGUUGGUGGCACAAUAUCUCCAGAUGGAUGUGUUGUUGACAAGCAUGACCAUGAUAUUGGCUUGGCUGGAGAAGAUACUAGUUUGGCAUCCCAAUAAUCCACCCUUUUUUUUUUGUAUUUUUUAAAUAGAAGAAACAUUUUCACUAGACAUAGGCUUCAUUUGGGAAUAUCGUUUGUUGUUUGCGUUUUGGAUAAUCUUCUAAUGAGUUAGCUUUCCAAUGUGGGAACACAAACCCAAUUAGGAAAGUGUACUCAUUAAUUAUCACUCAACGGGUCUACUUUGAGCAUUAAUA